GUGCCCGGUUCGGAGGCGGAGCCACAAGAGGAAGAGGAGGUGACGGCUGUCACCGUAAUGGCGGCAGAUGCCGAACACAUUGAGAUGGGAGCCGAAUCCCUGCCGAGUGCGGACGAGGCUGCUGCGGCAGCUGCCUUUGCAGGUCGGCGCGCAUGCGUACAAGCACGCCACCCGCCGGUCAUUGAGCUCGGGUCGUGACUGGAUCGUGUGUUCAUUCGCUUGCGUGAAUGGUGCAUCACGCGAAUACUUACUUUCAAGCGCCUCUCCUUUAGUGGAAACGUUUGGAUCUUCUUAACUUACCUCUAGUACCUCAUCAUGAGGAUAUAUACAUACAUGUGUGCAUCAUCCAUGACGUCAAGAAAGCGCAGAAAGUGCCACCUUUUCCUCUACAUUAUUUUAGUUGUGCCGUUUCUUAUCCCUGACAGGACUGUGGUGUGAUCAUUGUCGGUAGUCAGACAGGCAGAAAUCUAGCAUUUCUCCAUCACUGCCUUUCAUCAGAGCAAUAUGACUUGUUGAUUAUUAUUUUUUUAUACUUACAUCUGAGUUACUAAUUUAGUUGGAGUACUUGAUGAAAAACAAUUGGUGUAGCUGCCCGUUUGCAUUUUAAGAUGCUGUAACAAAAGAUAAUUGGACUGAUUAAAAUUUCUAAGAACAACAGCAGACAGAUUAAAUACAACACACUGAAACCUUACCCAAUAGCUAUUGAACUAUACAAAAAUCAGCUAAAAUAAGAUUGUCAGGUUAUAAAUAGGGGCAAGGAUUCCUUUUCUCCCUUAACAUUUGACUAUUAAUAUUAUGACUAUUAAUAUUAUGGCUAUUAAUAUGUGCACAUAAUCAUUGGUAGCUCUAUUAAUAAAGUCAGUAUAUGCAUACUGGAAAUCGAUAGGUAGAUAAUGAAAAUUUUGCCCUCAGAAUCAAUAUUAAGAUAUCAUUCUAUAAACGUCUCAUUUAACAGAACAUGUGCAUAUUUGCUUCUUGGAUUUUGGUAGUUCUGAAGGAGGAUAUCACAGCAAAUAUUUAUUUGGAUCAUGUUUUACAGAAGUAACCACAGUAACAGUAGCCAAUGUGGGUGCCUCUGCAGACAAUGUAUUCACUACUUCUGUGGCAAAUGCAGCAUCAAUCUCAGGACAUGUAUUGGUAAGUCUGGAAGAACAGCUCUUCAGAUUGGGGACAGCUUAAAUGCUGAAAAAGCCACUCUGAUUGUGGUUCACACAGAUGGCACCAUUGUGGAGAGUGCAGGUCUGAAGGGGCCAUCUGCACCUCUUACUACAGGAUCUCAGUCCCCCUCUACUCAGUUAACAUCUGGUCAAGAAAAAGGUGGAACAAAAUAUAACUGGGACCCGUCAGUGUAUGAUAAUGAACUGCCUGUGCGAUGUCGAAAUAUCAGUGGGAUAUUGUACAAAAACCGACUUGGUUCAGGUGGUCGAGGUCGUUGUAUUAAGCAAGGGGACAACUGGUACAGCCCCACUGAAUUUGAAGCUAUGGCUGGAAGAGCCAGUAGCAAAGACUGGAAAAGAAGUAUUCGUUAUGCUGGGAGGCCAAUACAGUGCCUUAUUCAUGAUGGAAUACUAAAUCCCCAUGCGGCCUCAUGCACUUGCGCUGCAUGUUGUGAUGACAUGAGUCUGAGUGGUCCCAUAAGACUGUUUGUCCCCUAUAAAAGAAGAAAAAAAGAGAAUGAAUUGCCUACAACUCCAGUGAAGAAGGAUUCCCCCAAAAACAUCACCCUGCUUCCUGGAACUGCUGCCACCACCUUCACUGUGACUCCUUCAGGACAGAUUACAACUUCUGGCACUUUGACCUUUGAUCGUACAGCAGCCGUGGAGGCCACAGCUAUUAUCUCAGAAAGUCCGUCCCAAGGUGAUGUUUUCACUGGUACCACUGUGCAAGAUACAAAUCUUCAGCAGCAACCUUGUCAGGUCAAUCAUCCAGAGCCUCACUAUCCAAGUUAUCAAGACAGUUGUCAGAUCUCCGCAUUCCCCGAAGCAGCUUUGCCAACUUCUCAUCCCAAAAUUGUGUUGACCUCACUCCCUGCCCUUGCGGUGCCACCUGCUACGCCCACUAAGACAAUCUCCUCUUCUGUGAUGAAUGGACUUGAAAUGACAGAACAACGGAACUGGCUUUAUCUAGAGGAGACCGUCAAUUCUCUGCUUAACACAGCUCGGCAGCUGAAGACGCUGAUCGAACAAGCUAAGCAGGCCAGCUCUUCCUACAGAGAAGCUGCUGUUUCCCAAGCGAAACUUCAAGCUGAUGUGGAAAGGAAAGAGUAUCAGAGUCAGUUAUUUCAGCAUACAGAAGAUGUUGAUGGAAAAACAGAAAUUAUUAUUAAGCAAUCCUGUGUAAACUGUGGCCGGGAGGCAAUGAAUGAAUGCACCGGUUGCCAUAAAGUCAAUUACUGCUCAACGUUCUGUCAACGGAAGGAUUGGAAAGACCAUCAGCAUAUGUGUGGGCAGUCAACCGCAGUAACUGUUCAGACAGAAGAAGAUCAUGAUACAGAUAACGUGAUUGAAAAAGUUAUUGUCUAAAACCUCCUUUCUUCCAAUUUCAUGGAUUGUGUGGUGCAGCAGACUGGCUGGACCAGCAAUUCUUCUGUGAAGUUCUGUGAUAAGCAAAAUAAAAUAUAAAUAAAACUCUUCACCGAGAUGGCGAAGGCAUAGUAUUACUUGCAUGUUGCUGGCCAACAUAUGAAUUUUCUCUAACCAAGCAAAAAAUUAAACCUUAAGGGGACAAGAGCAUCAAGGAGCUCCACUGUUUUAAGGGAACUUCGGAAGCUGAUGGAUCUUUACAAGCUUUUCUACAAAGCUGCUAUAAAACAAAUGGGUAUAUUCAGCUGUUGCCUCCUGCUGCUCUGAUGGAUUAUGGGAAUUCUUUGAAGUAUUUUGAAAAUGUUAUUUAAAGCAGCUUCUGGGUCUGCAUCCUUUUAAGAUUCCUCUGAUGAAGUUUCAAUAAAGAUUAUAACAGCAAAA